AUGGGUUACCAACAGAUUACGAAAUUUUAUGAGUUGGUUAACAAGAGUAAGAUCUAUGAUGAGGAUAGCCGUGAGAGUGCUGCUCAUUACAAAUCCUUACAUGAUAAGAAAGGAAAAGGGCAAUUCCGAGGGAAGCCGUAUGAUGGUAAGAAGAAAGCUGGUGAUGGCAAGAAGCCAAGUGGGGGAGGUUCUCACACUCCUGUCAAGUGCUUCAGAUGUGGUGUUGAGGGACAUCGUGCUCCCGAGUGUCCUAAGGGAGACGUGACUUGUUUCAAGUGUGGCAAGCAAGGUCACAAAUCUUUUGAUUGCAGAGUUGGUUCGAAUGUGACUUGUUACAACUAUGGUGAGCAAGGGCAUAUUAAUACCAAGUGCAACAAGACGAAGAAGGAGCAAGCCAAAGGGAAAGUGUUUGCAUUGUCUGGUGCUGAUACUUCGGUGGAGGAGAGAUUGAUUCAAGGUACGUGCUUUAUUAAUAAUAUGCCUUUGAUUGCUAUUAUUGAUACCAGUGCUACACAUUCUUUUAUUUCUUUGGAUUGUGCUAAGAGAUUGAAUCUUGAAUUAUCUGUUAUGCGUGGAAGCAUGGUUAUCGAUAGGGGUAUGCAUGGUUCAAAAUCCAAACCAAAUUGA